GCCUCUUGCUCUGGCCACCAGAGGGCGCCUCCCUGCUUCCGCUCUCUGCCAAGGCGCAUGCGCGCUCUCCUCCGCCUCAGUUGCUCUUCCGGCGCGAAGGUCAGGGACAAGAUGGUGCCGCCGGUACGAGUGUCUCCGCUCAUCAAGCUCGGCCGCUACUCCGCGCUGGUUGUCGGCAUCGCCUAUGGAACCAAGCGCUACAGCUACCUGAAACCUCGGGCCGAGGAGGAGCGGAGGAUAGCCGCGGAGGAGAAGCAGAGGCAGGAUGAGCUGAAACGCAUUGAGAGGAAACUGGCGGAAGCCCGGGAUGACAGUAUACUGAAGUGAGAGGUGCUAGCAGCCUGCAUUGCCCCAGACGAAUAAAGCUUCCGAGUGAUGCUCUG